AUGCUGUCUCUUGUGGUGGAUCCUGAGUUGAGUAAGCAGAAACUCCCCCUAAAACCGAUCCAACCUACGCAAUUUUGGACUUUUGAGAAUGCCCUUGCUUUGAUAAAAGAUUGCCAGGACCCCUAUAUUUUGGAAGCUUUGAAUGAAUUUUUGUUACUUGCAAAGGACUUGUUGUUAGAUCCAACUCCAUUUGCCGCAAGACCCCAGUCAAAAACAAAGCUAAAUGCUGAUAGUAGAGAGAUUACUUUGAGAGGAAUACUUUAUACCGACAUUACCAAGCAAAAUAUUGAGGAUGCCGAGUUAUUGGCUAAAUACCUUGAAUUGGACGUCAAAGAGGUUGUGCGGGUUAUUAGUCAAACGAGCAAAAAAAUCCCCGCAAAGCCGUUGCACCCAUUGAAAUUCAAGAGCAAAAUAAGCGACGACAAAGAACAUCAAUCGCACAAUGAUCGAAUACGUUUGUAUAUUUGGAACAUCCUAAGAGAAAGAAGAAUUAUUUUAAGAAUCGCGAGUGAACUGCUUUCCAACAAGACUAAUCAGUAUGCAUCUUCGGUCAUUCGAAAUUUGGGUAAGGAGAUUUUCUUAUCAAAAUCUUACUUUAACUCGUUAAUAAAAUCUGUACGAGACAUAUCGGUGAAAAAAUUGAUGGGGGGAACAUACAAGUCGAAUUUGUCAAACUCAAUUGACGAAACAAUACAUAAUGAAACUGUGCUAUUCUGUAUCGAGUCGUGCAAACUAUUAUUUGAAAUAGCUUUACAGAACCCUUUAGUGACAAAAGAAGCGGUGAAGGAUUGGUUCGAUAUUAUGAGGGAAACGGAUUUCGCCGUAGCUUUGGGCUCAAAAUUGAAGUAUCAUGAAUCAUUUGAAGUACUCCAAGCAUUGUACACAGUCAUUAGUAUAGAAUUUCUCGACCUCGAAAACACUUUUGACUCCCUUAACGCGCAAGAGAAUAAAUCAUCAUCAUAUAUGGGUGAUUUGGACACGUUUUGUUUGAUAAACAGUAUCAUCACCAGCGAUUACAACUAUAAUCCCGUUCUUUUAUUUUCAUGGAGUAUCAUACUUUUAAGAAAGCUAUGUUUUCUUCAAGAAUUUCCAGACUCGCUGGUAUCCAAGGCGUUCAAUCCGAGACUCACGGUGCUGGUAAUUGACAAUGAAGUUAACCAGAUAAAUAAAAAAUGCUUGAAUUUGAAUGUAUUUGGCUUUUUGCAAAAAAUUAAUGAAACACUACAUUACGAUAAUAGAUAUUCAGCCCUGCUUGCAACAAUCAUCACAUCGUCAAUAUCGCUAUUAGAACUCACACCAGAUGUUACAACCUGCAUCGUUGAAGUGAUUCGCAAUUGUCCCAAUAAUGUUGUUGAACAGUUUUUUUCAAACGAAGCUGUAGCAGAUGCUAUAAUCAUUGCCAAGACAAAGUUCCCGCUUCUUUUGACACCGUAUAUCAAGUUGACAUCUAUAAAUGGAAAUGUUGCCUUGCAUGAAUUCAACUAUUUGAAAUCAUAUAUCCAAGUGUUUAAAAAAGAUGAGUUUGAUAAAUUGUACCAAAUUGAUGAUCAAAACCUAGACUUGGUAAAGAUAAAAAGCGAAGUUACUUUGAACCCACCAUUUGAAUCAAACAGAAAACUAACGAUGGCAUUGGCACCCGGUACAAAAGCCAAACUUUUACCAGCUGCAAAGUCUGAUGAAGUUUUGGUCACAUUUUUGUAUCAGUAUAAUGGAUGGGCGUUCUUGGGUCGAAUUUUGCAAAACAUACUCAAACUUAAUAGCAUUGAUCUGCUUCAAGAAGAAAUUUUGGUUGACAUUUUGAAUUUGACGAGCAACGUUGCCAUAGAUAACGAAGAUAAUGAAAUCAAAUUGGUUUUGGAGGCAAUGUCGGCAUACACUGACAACUCAGAUAUAAUUGAAGUGAUUUUGAGAUUCCUUGAAAUGUCUUUGCAUCAAAGAAAUGUAAAAGUGUUACCCCCAAUAAUAAAAUUAUUAACCAAUUUGGUUCCAUUUGUAUCCAAUCAGAUUUGGUCAUACUUGUCCAAAUCAUCAUUAUUUUCCAGAGAUGGGAAGGAACAAAUGGCUUUGAAAAUUUUUGGUGCCGUAGAAAUGAUUAACGGUGAUUACGAAUUUUCUUUGUCACUUGUCAAGUUUGCGCUGGUUCUAGUAGCUGAUUGCAUUUCAUUAGAUGAAACAUUUUCAGAACAAUCCAAGAGUAAUACCAUGACUAAGCUUGUGCACACUUUGAUGUUUUUGUUUGAAAAUUUCACACAUUGUAGAUUCAACUGUUUUCAUCAGCAGUUGGAGUUGGGAGUAUUGCUUUUAGAUUUGUUUUCAACGAUUCUCACAACAACUUAUGGUAUUGAAAAUGGUUUAUCAAUGGGAAAAGGCUUUCACAGGAUAUUGCACCCUGCAUCAGUUGUUAUCUUGGAUUCUUUUUUAGCCACGGACAUCAAUUCCGCAAGAACAUCGUUGCCACUUUUGAACACAGUAGUGAAUGUUUCAGAAAAUUUGGAUCUUUAUGAACUAACAGACACCUCUGGAUUCUGGUAUGAUAGUUGGAUUCGUUGUUCGUUCUCGUUUACGCAAUUGGUAUUGAGCUUAAGAAGCUUGUUAAACUUUAAGCCGCUGGCUUUGGAAAGGGAACUUUUACAAAAGGCUGUUAAUCUCGUGAAGAUAUUUGCUGAAGUUGAAUCUUAUAGAAAGAUAGUUUUAGAUCUUCUUUCUUGCUUGAUAAGUGGGAAAUGGGACGAUAACAGCAACAACGGCAACAACAGCAACAACAACAACAAUGAUAGAGGUAUGCCUUCAUUCUUGUCUCAUUUGGGAACUUAUAAUGCUCAAGUUUUAAAAUGUUCAGUUGCUGCAGGGUUGGAUAAUUCAUUUGACGAUUAUAAAAUUAAAAUUUCCAUUCACGAUUUUGUAUGUGCUGUUAUGAGAAGUAACCAACAGGGGCUUAUUAUUUUGUUUAAUUCCGGAGGUGGAGAAUGGAUAAGAGGUGCUACUGAGAUGCAAAGUGGAAACAACAACAAAAACGAAAACAACACCGGUAGAGACACUAUUGUGUCUAGUAGCGGGGUCUCGAUAGUUGAACUUUUAAAGAAAAAUGUGAGAGAGAUGAAAUAUUACCCCAAUUCGGUUAGCGUCCAUUUGGUUGAUGCUCUUGCGUUAGCAUGUAACUCGUGGUCUACUGUGAAGGAAUACAAAUACGAUGAGGAGUUCAUUAAGUUAUUAAUUGGUAGAGUUAAAUUACAAAUCACAGAUAUUCCCACAUCGCCUGAAAUGUUCAUUAGUAGGUGUUAUGAGUUGAAGUUGGUUGCUAAAAUUGCCGAUAUUUUGGCACUCUAUUUGUUUACCACAAAGAACGAAAAAUGCCAGAAACAGAUUUUGGAGUUUGUUAACUCAGAUAAUUUUAUUGAUAUUGCAAAGAAGAAAUUUGAAAUUACUCAUUAUCAAUCGUCGUUACAUUUGAAUCUCGAAGAAGCAUUCAAAAAUGCUUAUCCUAACUUCAAGUUAUCACAAUUUACAACCGCGUUGGGUAAGAGGAAUAGAGUCGGUGUUAAUGUCAUUUAUAAUUUGGCAUUGAUGGAUACUUUGUUCAAGAGUAGUGGAGAAAACUGGGUACAAAUAAGAGAACAGAUUAUUGCCUCUAGUAUAAAUAUUCAGUUUAUCACUUCGCAAUUAGAAAGUGCCAAAUCAUUUGGUAUAUUGCUCACAAGUUUCUGUCGUCGAUAUGAAGGGGUAUUAAAUGUAAAGUUGUUGGGUUUCAUCAAUUUCUUAUUCCAAACUAAUAUUAUUGAGAACAUACCACUGGAACAGUUUCAAUCGGUCUACUCUGCAAGAAUCGAACUUGGCUUUUAUUUAAUUUACUCGUUUUAUAAAAGGGAGAAUAAGCUACAAGGCCAAGGAAAACCAUUACUUGAUAUUAUUAAAAGUGCAAGCACAUUAUUAUCUGCCAGGAGCUCGAACAACUAUGCAAACUCAAAUGCAAGUGGUGGCUCAAAUGAGACCAGAGGAACAUAUAGACAAUUACUCCGAACUAUCUUUUGUGCAUUGAAGUUUAUUGAAGAUGAUUCGAGUAUUAUUACCGAGUUUUUAAGUUUAUUUAAAGAUUUAUUUGAAUCGAUAGUGACAAAGAGAAUCAAAAUGAUAUCAAUUGAAGUACAACAUGACGUGAGUAUUUCUCGCCUGGGGAAAAAUAACGAAAAAGUUGAUAGUGAAAAACUCAGUGAAAGACUUGAUGAUUUACUGUUGAUAUUAUCCGUUUUGAAAGUGUUCACUAAUCUCAAAAGUAAUGGCUCGAUAUUUCAAAGAGAAUUGACUAAACUAACUGAUGAAUCGCGCAUUGUGAAAACAUUAUUAAACAUGUAUGCAAAUUCAAUAUUUCUUGAACCAAAUGAUGAACUGUCGAUUGCGCGUUUAAGUCUAGAGUAUCUAAGACAAUUGAUGUCUAUAAGAUCUAUUGCGGAAAAUAUUAUUGAAUCGGGACUUUUCAUUGUUCUAUUACAAAGUCCAGUAUCUCGUGAUUUCCGAGCGGGUGGUUUAUCCAUUAUGCAUGAACCAAAGGCUUACCAAUUAUGGGUCGAUGGAGUUUUACCACUACUCAUUACUUGUAUACGCGCGUUGGGACCAUGUAUAUUUCCCGAGAUUCGUGUUGUUUUGUCAUUUUUUUCCAAGCAGAUUUUAUAUGUCAUGGAAAAUUGGUCAGGAGGAGCUAUUUCUACUGCUGGUGUUGCUGAAACUAAUCAGAUUUUGGUCAUUUAUGAUCUUUUAAGCUCAGUGAGUGUUGAGGAUGCAAGUACAGAUGGCAGUUUCCCCGUUCUUGACUCUGAAGAUAAGAGAGAAGAAUUGAGCGAGAGGUUGAGUAAUUUAUUGAAACAUCCGAAAUAUUUGAGAUCUAGAAUUGUUAGGAGUAAUGAGCAUCAAGUUGUUGAUGACCAAGUUGUGAAAAAUAUUGUUUCUGCAAUUAGAGAUAUGGUUGGUAUAAUUAGUUAA